CCCGUCCGCCAGCCGACCUCUUACCAUUCCCUCCCUCCUGCCUCCAGAAGAAGCUCCGUCGGGAUUCGAGCGUUUCUUCCCGUCCCCUGUUCCCUCAGUGCAGGGCGAAACCGUCACCCCACCGACUUCCCGAACCGCCUUUGGACAAGAUGAUAUUACACCUGGUCGUGGCGGCGGCGAUGGCCGUGGCCACUACCCGCGCCUGGCCCAUUUCGCCUCUGGGGGACUAUCUGCGAGGAGAAAUAGAAAAUCAGAAUGUUACUUGCGGGGACGACGUCAAAUUUUGGGUUCAUAAAGAUUCAAUUAAACUAAACUUCCUCGGCUCGACCUCCCACCUUGGUAUCCCCCCCAGCUGCUCCGUCAAAAUUCGCAUCGAUGUGGACGACCUAAGUCUUGAGAAAUACGGUCUGCGGUUCACGGGGGUUUUCGACUUCAAAGACCAACUCAAUGUCAACGAGGAGUGUUCCUCUUCCAGCCUAACAAUCACCGACAUGGAUGAUGAGCAGGACGAAACGGGAACAAAGACUGUCACCUGCGGCCACGGAGAAGUCACCUACCACACCUCGCAGGACUCGACUAACGUCCAAUUCGUAACGGGUCCUCAGGGCGCCACUGGACUCGGCUUCAGUCUCUUGGUUGAGCCGCAUUACCUCUGCGGGGGACGCGUCACUACGAGCACGACCAUUAGCUCACCUGAUUAUCCUAAGCCUUACCCGAUCGAUAUAGGUUGUUUCUGGUUCAUACAGGGCGAAGAGAUAACACUUCGUUUUCUAGAUUUCGAUCUCUAUCCGAAAAAAUGCAACGACUUACUUGAGAUCCAGACUUUGCAAGGCGAACGCGACGUCUAUUGCGCAUCGAAAAUGAUGGGCAAAGUCAUGAAAUACAAUGGGCCAAUUUAUAUGAAAUUCCGGUCUUCGAAACGUCGGGCGAAUGUGAAUAAAGGAUUUAACUGCAAAGUUUCUAUUAAGUCUUCAAAGAAGAGUUUGCCAAAUAUGUUAUCAAAGUUUUAUGAAGAGUAAAAUAUCCUAAUCUUACUCUUUGUAAAACACAUUUCAAGGACUUCAAAUGACACACUCAAAAGUACUAGACACACUACUCCAUCAUGCAUUCAUUAUCCAACAAUAAAAUAAGCACUGAACAAAAUUACAAGAUACAAGUACACAUAAAAGAAUAACAUAGCAAAAAAAGAAGAAAAAAAAGAAAAUAGAAUAAUGUCAUUUUCAUUAGUUAAUCAUAUUUAGUCAAAUAUUUACAAGCACUUUUUUCUUUAGUUUUCGACUCACCUUUGUUUUGAACGUGUUAGAGAAAUAUAAUCUCAUUGUGAAAAAGAUGCUUUAGGACGUAAUGUUUAUCCUGAAUUCAUUGGAAUGAUGCAACCCCAUCUCUGUGUAACUAGCAAUGGCACAUCCUUGGAGCAUUGUAACCUAAGUGAAAGCAAUAAAAUUUCUAAAUUGGC